AUGAAGUUCACACUCGCCUUCCUCCUGGCUUUGCCUGCCCUGUCUCUGGCUCAGCCCGUUGCAGUUGAUGAGCCUUCGACUACCUCUGCAGUUGCUACCCCAACUGCCACUCCUGAUCUGAGCGUUUGCGAAGAGCAGGCUGGUGGCUAUUCACGCUACUGCGCGCGUUGCGAGCCCCUCUGCGCUGGCCGGGCGGGUGACGUUUACGCGCAGUGCCUGUUUUCCGUCUUCACAGCUGUCAACUAUAAUGAUAGCCAGUGCUGGCAGCAUGGGGGUAAUGACUGCGCGAACAAGGCCGUUGACAAGGUCUGCGGCACUUCAUCAUAG